GAAGCAGACGACUUGACUCGGCCAUUGUAUGUGCAUAAAAGUCAUUCUAGCUUCGAGCUUUCCGUCGUCUUCUUCGUCUCUCUCGUCGCUUUCGCUUGCAGCUUUUACUUCAUAAUCGAUGGAGACUGUAAAUCCACUUGUAGCUGAGGCCAUUGCUCUCACCGAAAAGAAAGUCGCCAUGGCUUUAGAUGAUAUCAUCAAGUUGUCGAAGAAAAAUAACAGAGUGAAUAAGGGCAAAAAGACAAGGAGAGGAAAGAACAAAAAUCAGAACUUCAAUGGUGCUGAGAGAAAUAAUACCUCUAAAGUGCGGCCUUAUGUGAGCUCACUUUCUGCAGUUAGACAGGGUGCUGUUGCUAAGAGAAGGUCUAAUUUCCAACGAAAUCAGUUCCCUGUUAUAACAAACAUUAAUCGUAAAGCCGCCACUGCUGCUCCUCCAGUCAGUGUCCGUGCUAGAGCUUUCAAUGCCGGAAGGAUGACUAGUGCCAAUCAGUCAAGGCUUGUUGCUCCUCCAGUCCAGAAUAGAUAUGUACACUCUACAUCCGUUGCAAAGAGGCAUGAGGGAGAUCAGAAAGUAGAAAGGAGAGGAGGGAAGAGGAAGACAUUGGACUCUCGCUUUGCAAGCAUGAUAGAGCAGAGAAUUAAUAACAACUAUGGCGUUGGAGUGCAAGUUCCAAGGUUGCCACCAUGGGCUAGAGCCAGAAGAUUUACUCACUGAGAAACCACAAAGCUUUUAUGGAUGUUCCUUUUCUUUAGAAUUUUGGCAUUUUGGGUUUAGAUUCUUGUUAAACACUAAAGCCAUGCAAUUCUUUUGUGAAUCUAUUGACGUUCUAGUUACUACGUAUCUUGAAAAUGCUUCCAAGAAAGAAAUAAAGAAAUGAAAUCUUGGAAUUU